AUGACUAUGGAAGAGUCUGGCUCGAUCAAACAGCGUAACUUAAACGCAGGCGCAGGUACCGCCACUUUGACUAAAGAGUCGAAAACUGCCGUUGACACCAACGGCAAAAUUUUCAAAGUCCCAGAUUAUACUAUCAAAGACAUUUUGUCGUCAAUUCCAAAACAUUGUUAUGAUAGAAACCUUCUCUGGUCGUUGCACUACGUGUUCAGAGAUAUUUUUGCCAUAGCAGUAAUCGGGUACGUUGGUACCAAUUACAUACCACAAUGGUUUCCAAACAGCGUGGCUUUCCGCGCAAUCGCGUACGGGCUGCAGUCUUACCUGAUCGGAUUGUUUGGCUUUGGUUUGUGGAUUUUGGCUCACGAAUGUGGCCAUUCUGCCUUCUCGUCGUCAAAUGCAGUUAACGAUACCGUUGGCUGGGUCUUGCAUUCGUGGUGGAUGGUGCCAUAUUUCUCGUGGAAAUUCUCGCACAGCAAGCACCAUAAAGCCACGGGCCACAUGACUCGCGACAUGGUGUUUGUGCCAUAUUCUCAGGAAGAGUAUGUUGAAGCCAUGGGCAAAUCGAAGCUAUCAGAGAUUUUAGAAGAAUCUCCUAUCAUGACUACGUUCAACCUCAUUGCGCAACAGCUAGGUGGCCUACAGCUCUACCUUGCGACCAACGCGACGGGCCAGCCAUACCCCGGGGUUUCGAAAUUUUUCAAGUCCCACUACUGGCCCAAAUCGCCGGUGUUCGACACCAAAGAUUUCUGGUACAUUUUAUUGAGCGACUUGGGUAUCAUCGCGACGCUCACUGUCAAUUAUCUGUGGUGUAAGGCUUACGGAGCUCACGUUGUCCUGAUAAACUGGUUUCUACCUUGGUUGUGGGUCAAUCACUGGCUCGUUUUUGUCACGUUUCUUCAACACACAGACCCAACCAUGCCACACUACGACGCCUCAGAGUGGACCUUUGCCAAGGGCGCAGCGGCCACUAUCGAUCGUAACUUCGGUUUUGUUGGACAACAUAUCUUCCAUGACAUCAUUGAAACGCACGUGCUUCACCACUACUGCAGCAGAAUACCGUUUUACCAUGCCCGCGAGGCUACCGAGGCCAUCAAAAAGGUUAUGGGUGAACAUUACCGCUACGACGGCGAAAAUAUGUGGAUUUCUCUCUGGAAGGUCGCUCGUUCAUGUCAGUUCGUUGAGGGCGAGAACGGUGUCAAAAUGUUCAGGAACGUUAACAACAUCGGUCCUCAGCCUUCUGCAGCGGCUUAA